CUCUCCCCUCCCACGGAACCCGAUGGCGGUGCAGGUGACCGUUCUGCCUUCUCCCAGGUGUCUGUUCGACGACCCCGUUCAGAUCCGUGUGACGGGACUCCUGCCGCAGCAGAGGGUCACGCUCAGAGCCUGCCUUCUGGAUGAGGGUGGGGAGCUCUUCCAAGCCCACGCUCACUACAGGGCUGAUGGCAGUGGGGAGCUUGAUCUGACCCACUGCCCAGCGCUGGGGGGCAGCUAUUCUGGAGUGGAGCCCAUGGGAUUGCUGUGGUCUCUGCGGUCCAAAACACCAUAUAAGCGGCUGGCAAAGAGGAACGUCCUGACCCCUUUCUGUGUACACUUGGAAGUAUAUGAGGGCCACGGGGACAUGAGCCGGUUGCUGGGAAAAUGCACCCAUGAGCGGUGCUUUUUAGGAGAGGGAGUGAAGAGGAUUUCAGUCAGAGAAGGCCGGCUUAAAGCAACUCUCUUCCUCCCUCCUGGACCUGGACCAUUCCCUGGUCUUAUCGAUCUGUAUGGAUCUGGAGGAGGACUUGUUGAAUACAGAGCAAGUCUUCUGGCUAGCAGAGGCUUUGUGACUCUAGCUCUGGCUUACAUGGCCUUUGAAGAUCUGCCUGCUAUGCCAGAAAUUCUUGAACUGGAUUAUUUUCAGGAGGCUAUAGACUUUUUGCAAAAGCAGCAGCAGGUGAAAGAUGCUGGGAUUGGUGUUUUGGGCUUGUCUAAAGGAGCUGAUCUAGCCCUUUCCAUGGCCACGUUUCUACCUGGCAUCAAGGCAGCUGUCAGCAUAUCUGGAAGUGGCUUUAAUUCUUUCAUUCCCCUAAGGGGAGAUGGCUUCACUAUUCCUGCCCACCCAUAUGACUUGGGGAGAAUUAAGACCAGUGAGGAGUCUGGUCUUGUAGAUUUUUCAGAUAUCCUAGAUGAUCACAGAGACCCAGCGACUUGGGAUAGUCGCAUUCCUGUGGAGAAGUCCUUGGCUAAGUUCCUCUUCCUGUCAGGGCUGGAUGACAAGAACUGGAAAAGUGACCUUUACUGCCGGGAUGCUGUUCAGCGCCUUCAUCAGUGUGGACAGAAGGUGGAGUUUUGCUCCUAUUCUGGAGCAGGACACCUUUUGGAGCCACCAUACCUGCCUCUGUGCCAGUCUUCAAUCCACAAAGUGCUUGGGGUGUUUGUGCAGUGGGGAGGGCAGUGGAGGGAGCAUGCCAGAGCACAAGAAGAUGCCUGGCAAAGGAUACAGGCCUUUUUCUGGAAACACCUGAUGAACUCAGACAUUCCUAAGAGCAAUCUGUAGUAGAGAUAUUGCCAUCAGCAGGGGCAGCAGGAUUAGUAUUUCAUUUCUUACUGUAUUAGGGCCAAAAUCUUCCUGAGUAAUUUCCCAUUUUUGAGUUUUUGAGUACUAUCUUGCCCCCAGGUGCAACGUAGACUGACACCAUCUGAUGUGCCUGUGUGCUGGAGAAGACCCUGCAUGGUGACAUGCAGGUUGCAUUUGUACUGAGCUGGCUUUGCCUUCAGUCUCUGUCCCUCUCUGCUCGCAGCAGAAAAUAAUCUUAAAGGAGAGACUGCCAUUUAAUUGUAUUACACCUUUAAUUAACCUAGAUACAAACAGUGGCUUUUUGGAAUAGUGUAUCAGUACAUGCACUUACCUUUCCUCUUGGUAUAUUAUUUGCUCACAUUUUUAUGGAAAAAUGGUGCUACAUUUCAGAUCCCAGCUGAGUGAAGAGGCGCUCUUCCGAUUUAUUCUGAAGUGCAGCAGUAACAUUUGUUUCCGAUACUUCAAAAACCAGAAGAAAUAAAUCUUAUUGAGGUUACACUGGUGGUAUCUUCUGCUGGUUUCAGAUAUGCUAAUGUCAGACUGAAGUUUGCACUGCACUACUCAAUAAAUAAAAUAUGUCUGUGUGUAUGCACGGUUUACUUGAAAUUACCUGAACGAAGGCUUUGCCUGUCUUAAUGCCUGUAAAUACACAGGCAGUGAUCCUAGUGUAGUCACAAGCUGUCUCUUUGCUUAGCUGAAGAGUUCCUAUGCAGUUGUUAACCUCUUACUACUAAGAGGAGGGGGAAAAUUUGUGAAGUACUUUGCACUCUGCUCAAGAUGGGAGUGAUGGAGGUGUGUUAAGUACCUGCUUUUGAAUGUUGAAGCUCAGUUUAUCCCUGUAAUCCCAUUCUGACCACAGAAGGAAGUAGGAGAUGGGUGUCUGUCUUUGAGGCAGCAAAACCUCACCUUGGAGAGAGCACAAAUUCCUGCUGAGAGGAAUUCCUGCCCCCAGAGAGCCCGGAUCCUACUGAAGGUAGGAUUGUAGCCUCAGUUUUCUCACCUAAGGGAGCAAUGCUUGGGCCUUAAAGGGCUGUGGACUCUAAUGCGAUAUAUCUGAUGCAGAGUGUGUUCCCUCACAUACUUCCAAUUUCUUGCCCCUUCCUCAGAAGGUGGCUGGAUAUUGCUCAGCAGAGAUCUCUCUCUCCUGGCCACCCAUCCAGGUGAUCUGUAAGAAUUUCUGUUAUUACAUCUUCAUUUCUGUUUGCCCUCUGUGUGUCUGCGUCCUGCACAAAUGGUUGCUGGUGAAUGAGUAGGACCUGACAGAAGAACAAACUGUGGCAACAAGGGAAUGCAGACACAUUUAAGCAGUUCAGAUUGGAUAUUCGGACAUUCCUUUCUCCAUCAUUUUUCUAUUUUAUUGAAGUAGUAAAAAAAAAUCUGGGUCGUUCGUCCAGAUUUGUCUCAGGCUCAGCAUGCUGAGGUUUUCUGGGAGAUGAAUGGUUUUGUUCUUUUGUUUUUACUGAAUACAGCGAGGCUUAUGCAGUACAGUGUGUUCUGUGAUGUAACUCACAUCUGUUUUAAUCCCUCCUGAGGUGAAGACAUACUUUCUCAGUCUUCAGUAGGCAGUUUACAGAUGUACAUUUUGAAUCACAAUAUUGUGAGCUGCUGAGAAGAUACAUUUGCUUUCACUAUAGGAAACUACUACUAAAGGAAAAAUACUUUUCAUCAGUACGUGUACAACGUUUUUGGUGGUGCUUUCAUACAGUCUGUUUUGUUGCCACAUUCAGCAGUCACAUUCAAGGAAAACAGUGUUGAAAUGAGGUAGGAGAGAGCUGCGACGUGACUCCAUCGAUGAUGGUAGCACACAGGACCUCUUUGUUUUGUCACUCUGAAAUUAAAGCUUUGCCAGCCAAUUGAAAGCUCUUUAUUUACCCCAUGGGUGGUGACUGGCAAGAACAACUGAAAGACUGAUUAAGCAGUAAAAAGACUGAAAAGGCUGAUUUAGCUGAAUCUGUGCCAUAUUCAAACAAGAAAAUAUGUCAGCCUGCUCAGUUGUGUGGGGUUUUCUUUCUAAAUCAGCUGGCCAUCACUGAAACUCAGGUUUUAAAGUUGU